CCUCAUCGCCCUCUCUCCCAAAAUAUGCCUUGAGGUGUCUUCAUCCCCUGUUCCCAAAACCUAACAAUUCUGAAGAUUCGCGUAUACGUAUAUGCCUUAGUACCGUAUAUCCCUCUCGACGUUCACCAAGGUCAUCGGAGAUGCCCAAAACGGACUACCGGCUCCUACGAGCCCGCAGGCGUGUCUCGAAGACGACGUACCAGCUGUUCAAUCGUAAGACAGGCUGCCACGGGACUGUGGUGCAGAACACCUCAAACGGUCGGUCAACAGUGACAGUCUACCAUGGAACCAAUUGCCGAUGUCUUGAUAUACGUAUGAGCGCCCUCGCCGAGCACGCUCAAAGGCGAUACAAGCGACGCCAUAUCAAGGCCACGCGGCGCGAUGACCUCCUCAUAGCCAUAAAACUCCGUCUGCCGAAGAUGGGCAUUCGCUAUAAGAUGCCCGUGAGUAUAAAGCCUACCAGUACCGGUGCGGCCGACUCCAAAGAAGACGACAAUGACGACCAGCCCGUCAGGGUCCUCGAUGAGAUGGGUAACGGCCAAGUGCUCGUCGAAGAAUGGAAAAGCGCCGAGGCCUGGCGUCGAAGGACGAUAUGGAAGGACUGGUAAUUCUCGAUGCCGUAGGCUUUGUUUGGCAGUGAUACUGAUCUCCUCCACCUGCCAGCAUAACGUAUAGGCGAAAAGGUAAGUUGGGAUCGAAAGCAAGUGAAGUGGCGGUUUCGAUAUAGUAAGGUAUAGAGACUCGGAUUUCUUGUGGAAAUAUACCGCUCGAGGUU